CACAGGUACAGGUGGAGCAAGGGGUGGGACUUAAUGCGUUGUUGCUUUGGCAGGGCUUGCCACCAGGAUUUCAACCAAGGGUAUGCGGGUAAGAUGUGCCCCCUGUAACACAUAUUAGACUAUCAGUGGUGUUAUUACUACGUACUGUUGCUCUUCCAUUUUGACCCCUGCUGGAGGGAAAUGUGUGUGUAAUUCCUAAUCUUGACCACAAGGCGUCACCACUGUCCACAAAAGAUGAGACAGUCUCCCAUCGUUUUGGGGAGAUAUCAAGCAAGGUGGAAGCAUGCUGUUUCUGUUAAAUAUUUGGGAAGUCUGCCGUAAUUUCAAAAUUACGCUAUAGUAUGGGAUAAUACAACCAGGGCACAAUUCUCGCUAGUACUACCAGUUGUUACAUUUGCAUACAGAGCGACUGGUAAGGUGGAGGUGGAAUUCAGGGAUGCGGACAGAGGCUGUUGUUGCUACCGGCGGAGCUCAGAUAAAGGACAACAAAUAGCAGCUAGUGUCUCUGCAAACAAACCUCUAACAGUCUCAUCAAGAAACACAGCUUCACAGGGCACAGAACACCCAGGACGUAAGCGAAGAAGCUGCCACAUGUGCGCCCUCAAGAAGAGAAGAUGGCACUGCAGCUUGUGGUUUGUUCACUCCUGUGCCUGUCCUGUUGGGUCUCUUUCUACUUUAUCUUGUGUAAAGUUAAUGGGUCCAGGAGCUAUGAGUGGAACUGUCGCCUUGUCACCCUAGUACACGGCAUCCUGGCAGUCUGCAUCACAGCAUAUAUAGGCUACGUGGAUGGACCCUGGCCUUUCACUCAUCCAGGUACUAAGAACACCCCUCUGCAGAUAAGUGCCAUGGUGGUGAGCUUGGGCUACUUUAUUUUUGAUAUGGCCUGGUGUGUGUACUUCCGCACAGAGGGACCCGUUAUGCUGGCCCACCACACCAUGAGCAUCCUGGGAAUCCUGUUGACCCUGUGGUUGGGGGAGUCUGGCAUUGAGUCGUGUGCGGUACUCUUUGGCAGUGAAAUUACCAACCCACUCCUGCAGGCACGCUGGUUCCUCAAACAGACAGGACAUUACAGGUCCCUGCUGGGGGACGUUGUGGAUGUCCUGUUUGUGCUACUGUUUGUGGUGAUGCGAAUCUUCGUGGGAGGCACAAUGCUGUACUGUGAGCUGAUCUCCCCAAGACCCAGAUUCUUUAUCAAGUGUGGGGGAGUGGCCAUGUACGCUCUAUCCUGGGUGUUCAUGGUGGACAUUGUUCGAUUUGCCAUGCGAAAAACCAAGAGCUGGCACAAACAGCAGAGAGAACUAGAGACAAUAGCAGCUAAUGGCCAUGAGGGGAAGAAGGACUGAUUGGCUUUUGUUUCUUUAAAGGAAGUCAAUUUACAUUAUGUUUUUUGGACACACAAGGAAAAGGACAAAAAAACCAACUUUUUCUUUGUGAAACUGAGAUUAAAAAUGGACAUUUCAUAAUUUUUUAAGCCGAGAAAUAUCCUCUGACAUCUGGCAGUAAGGUCUAACACCUGUGCAUUGUGAAAAAAACAUAUUUUUUAAUGCAGUCAUCGCUGCUGAACACAUGUUACACUAAGAUGCAGGUGCAGAAACAACACAGAUGUAGUUAAUGUUACUUGAAGACCAAAGCACUUUCUAUAAACACAUGAACAGAUGUUGCUCUCAGUUGGAGUGAACUGUUGCCUAGUCACAUAUCUGGUUGUGUUCUGUUCAGUAUUAGGAAAGAAACUGUUUACAUGUUAUUCCCAUAAUCCUUGUGAAACACUUUUAGCCAUAUUGAAACGUUGGGAUUGGUUUACUUGGAAUCUUGUAGGGGUUUUUUUUGUCAUUUGUAAAACUUUGAGCAGAUAGGUAUACUCAGGGAGAUGAAGUCAUACUGGAAAGUUGGGAUGAAAUCUAGAGAAAUAUGUGUGAUGAGUGUGUUUACUUUGUUUAAUGUACUUUAUAGUAAUUUCAUUUAAGCUUUUGCCUGCUGUCUGAGAUCCUAUUCCAGAGCCUGCCCAAAAAAUUAUUUUACCUCUUCCCUUGUGUACGGGGAUACAUGGAAAGGCACAUUUCAAUUACAUAGUUCUUUACCGUUAAUGCUAUUUGUUUAGCAGUCUAUUUGGAUAUACAUGUAAGCUAUAAAUAUAUUCACGUUUGAUGAAGUAGUAUCAGAAUUUGUACUUUAAAUCGUUGAGGUGUCUGAUUGGACUGUACCAUUUGUGUGAACAUGCAUGACAUAAAUUAAUCUUUGAGACAAAAGUCAGACAAAGACAAAGAUUUGCACUCUAUACUGAUAGCCUCCAGUUAUUCAAUUCAACAGAGUAGUGUUUCAGUCUCACAGACAACCUGUCAACUGAGACUUGACAAUUCAAUCAAAUUUACUGUGAGUUAUCUGUACAGUGGGCUGAUCUUUUGUCUGGCUUCUGCUUCAGAUAUGCAUGGUUCACAUACCUGUGCAGUCAUUCAUGCAGGAACAUCCUUUUCUAGCCCCUAAAAUUUUAGAUUUUUACAUUUAGCCUUUACAUGAGGCAGUGUUACACACACUACUUGGGCUGGGCAAUAGUUAGCAUUUAUUGACUUUUAGUAAAAUUCUGUUGUCCAAUUUAAUGAUUAAUUUGAUGUACACAUGUGAAGAGUUUGAUCAGAGUGAACAUCUGUUUUAGUAUUUUUUGUGAUUUUGCAUACAUUUGCCAUAUUGUGAAGUUAAUUGUUGGAAAAUUAUUAAUCUUAUUGUGUUAUUGUGAUGUUGUUUUUCACCAUAUUGAGACACAGACACAACACUUAAGUUGGUCAUGGGAUAAAGACAGGCGUGACUUGUUAAGAGAGGACAUAAUGACUUGGCUCUCUCCCAAACUGUUAGCUCCAUGACAAGAAAGUGAAUCUUUGUGUUUAUCUAUUUUCUUGUUAUUAUGACCGUAUCUCGGUUGUUAUUCACAUGGACUUCUGCAGUAAUGUCUACAUGUGUCAUCCUUUUGUUUUCUUAUUUGUGUUGGAUUGAAAUUUGAUGAGUUGCUCUCAUACAAGGUCUGAUUACCUGGCUGCCACUGUUAAAAACUGUGUGAGCAUCACUAUUAUAUCCGAGAAAGUAAAAAAUCUAACAGGUGUGUGCCUUAGUUAUCUGAAUGUACUUCCCUAAUUUUUUUGUGUUUGUGUGUGUGUGUGAGUGUGAUUGUGUAUGCUAUACUGUAAACCCUUCAUGAUUUGCCUUUGAAAUCCCCUGUGUAAAAUUAAAUAUCUGAUAUAUUGUUUAAA